UGACAGAUCAUACCUUGUGUGAAGUUGAGCUGUGCAAACGAGCUGUCGCGACACUGAAAGCCAGCAAAAAGCCAAGAGCCGUGGAAAAGGGCAGAUUGACGCAAGACUUACGCAGUUUGCAAUCGCUAAAACGGUGUGUUGUUGUUACAUUUGCUGAUUGAUUAUGCACCCGAUUCGUUACAGUAAUAAUUGUCCUGUUUGUGGUGUGCAAUUGUAGAAAGCAAGCAGCUAAAAAAGCGAGUUUGUCGCGGCAGCGCUCGCUCACCAGAGAAAGAGAGAGAGAGAGAGAGAGAGAGCAAGAGAGUGUAUGUACGUGCGAUAAGUAGGUGUAUGCGUGUGUUUUUUUGUUAGUGCGUUGCUGUUCGUCCGGAUGUCGUCGUCGUUGUCGUGGUUUUACGCCAGGAAUGUGCGUUGAUGUUCACCGUCGCUCAAGUUCGAUUACGCUGGAAAGCUAUUGUGGUGUAAAAUCGUUACCCAGCUCGCAGCGAAACGUGCACAACGGCAGCACUGUGCAUAGUCCACACGGCAACCACAGCAACUGCAUUAUCGGCUGCUAGGAUUGCGAAGAAAAUUGAAGUGUUCGGUCAGGCUAUCGGAACCGCCAGCGACGCACAUCCGUCGGGAAAGGUUGAAAUUGGUGGAAAAGGCGACCAAGUGCAUCGUUUUCGCUCUUCCCGUGGCGUUGUGUACGUAGCAAAGAGUGUGUGCAAGCGUGCGUGUGGGUCUAUCCCCACAUCCUUGAUCCUCAAGGAAAGAGCCUUCCUGUGUCGCCGUGAUUGUGUGUGUGUGAGUGCGUAUUGUGAGUCGGUGCACGCAGUCUUGUAUUUUAGUGUUGUCUUGUGGUAAAGGAUUUUCUAUCGCCAAUUUCAACAUUUCCGACCACCGUUCUCCGUGCUGUGCCCAUUGUGUGCCCAAGUGUCCAUAUUUAUACCAUACAUGUGUGUGUGUGCGAGUGUUAGUGGAAAUCUGUCGUGUGUAAGCGCAGGUCGCAAGGCAUAAAAUCGUAUAGAUAAAAAAGUAAAACAAACCGUCCAAAAAAGAGCUAGUGCGUGGUGUGUAGUGUAAAAGCGCCCGUAACUCCUCUAUUCGCUUCCUCUCCCACCGUGAAGUGGCGUAGUGUCCGAUCUGAGUCUGAAUCAAUCAUUGAAACAUGUCACUCGCUAUGCUCAACAUCAAAGACGUCGGCGGCAGGCACGGUGGCAACCGGCGGAAACUGGCCGCUGCGUCAAAGGUGGCUACCUUUCUGCUGAUGGUGUUCCUAGUCGCGCUCCCGUGGACGUUUGCGGCUGCAGCCGAAAACGAUCAGAACUCUAAUAAUCGGAACCUCAAUCUCGACAGUAGUUCGUCCUUCGGUGCAGCACCAUCGAACCAAAAUGAUAUCUACAUCGAUGACGAAGGUCUGGAAGGUUCUGGCAGCCGCGGAGAAGUGCGUGACGAUCUAGAGAAAGAGGACGACGAAGCAUCCGGCUCUGGUUUCGGAGACGAUGAUGAAGAUUCCACCUCGAGUCGAUCGUCGCUACCGUCCUCGUCGUCAUCGGGCGGCAAUCUAAACAUACUGCGCGGUGGCAGCGAUAACCUGCCAGGUUCAGGUGAUCAUGAUGAUAAUGAUCUCUACACAGACACCAACCUACCCACCGUUGAUCCAUCGACCACCGACGACGAAGAUAUGCCCAUUGGCAAGGAUAAUAGCAAAUCCUCAUCCUCUUCGUCCUCGUCGGGAUCCUCAUCAUCGGGCGGAGUGUACUCACGAGGCGGGGACAUCAUUGAAACCGGGGAGAACGACCUCGAUCUCGCUGGACUGCCCCGGCAUCACAUCACACCCACAGAAGGAAGCGUCAAUCAUCACGAUAACACUCAGUACGGUGCGGGCAGUGGCGUUUUGAUAAUGAAUGCCAAGAACGAUGACCGAACGGCCAGCUUCUUUGCGCAGCCGGGCAUUUUGGCAGCUGUGAUCGGAGGGGCUGUCGUCGGUUUGUUGUGCGCAAUACUGGUGGUAAUGUUUAUCGUUUACCGGAUGAGAAAAAAGGACGAAGGCUCGUAUGCGCUGGAUGAACCGAAGCGAUCACCAACGGCCAACACCUACGCCAAGAACGCGAACAACAGGGAAUUCUACGCCUGAGAUUACUCGAUAGACUCGAGUGACGGUGAUUUUUAAAAGAGCUAUCCCUUCUCUACCGCAGUAUCAUCCACAACAAACACUACUGCGCAAGCCAAUGGUGCAUGCGAAUUGAAACGCAGAACAAGAGGAAGGCUUAAAAAUUGCCGUACAGUGCGAGAAAACAAAAACAUACACCUAGAAUUAGGAAAGAGCGAAACGAACGAAAAUGAAAAGCAGAGCGAAGGGGUGCAUGCGUGCAUGCUGCCGCAGGAGUACGUAAGCACACUGAAGCUACUAUUAGGGGAGGAUAGAAGUGCAUCGAACACAAAAGAAUCGUUGCGAAGAUCGACCCCCGCCGCAUACGAGGGAAACAAGCAAAAGGGAUUGAUUGAAUGAGUGUGAUGCAUAGAAGCGCAAACGCACAAACCUACAAGCACUGCUCUAGGAAUUCAUUUAAUUUUCGGUAACCGGGUCCAUCCUCCGCGCGACAGGACCCGCAAUGGUAGGGUUUUAUUCGUUAUUCUAAGAAAUGAUUUCAUCAUGGGAAGCAUUUUGAUCAAAAUCGGAGUGGUUGAUCCAUUCUGCUAGCUUGUAGUUCUGCUCCAAUUUCCCUUGCUGUGUAGGUUUGUGCGAGGCGCGCGUGCAUCAUCGGGGCUUAUGCAAAUUUCAUUUUAAUACAUUGACCUAAGUUUUAAUUUUGUGGGGCGUGUUGAGCUGGAGAUACACUUUCUCGAAUAAGUAAUCGUUGAUCGUAGAUAUUAUGGGGGUUGUGUAUUGUGUUGUGCGUACAGAAUGGCAUUUGGUUGCUCCGGAUUGUACAACUUGGCGCAAGGUAUCUAUUUAUGACCAGCAGCUAUAGCAAACAUUGGCAGCUUGCAUCGCAAAAUGUGGAGCUAGAUUUUGUGGGAUUGUAUGAAGUUUUACGUUGGACUGAGUCUGUCUUUGGGUUGGCAGGAUUUUUGUUUUCCUGAAUGUGGUCUACUGUUGUACCCUUUCCUUUUGCUUCAAAUUAAAUCACUGUCCUUGUUUUGCCAGUUAUAACCGAGUAUAUGAAGUGUAAACCUAGAAUGGGGCUAUCUUGGGUAUCGUUCGAUAAGCAUAUAAUCGAAAUUUCGGAUAAAACAAACCUGAAAAUGAUAUAUAAUUCAUAUAUAAGCAAGCAGCAUGAGGCGAACGACGUUGCAACACAAAAAAUCCAAACACACACACACACACAUCAAUCAAGAAGGCAGAUUGAAGGCUAAGAACUCUGUAGUUUGUAAGAAAGGAUAGAUGUUACAUAUUUAUAAAAAUAAUAAGUGCAACAGAGGAUGAGCGGAGCGCAAGGAGCGGAUACCGUUGCUACCGAAAAGGUUGCCGGCAUCAUGGUUAGAUUAGCAAAUCACAUCCCACAGUCGUCUGACUAACGGAGGAAGGAAGUGCGCGCCACAUAAGCUUUCUCGUAAAUUCGUACGUACCCUUGGUGUAUGUGUGUGUGUGUAUGUGCGCGCGCACGCCUCGAUAAGGAUAAUUAAUUGAACUUCUCUUUGUGUGUCUCACUGUGCAUAUGUAUGUUGAGGACGAGUGACAUGGAGAAGGGAACAGGGUGGAAAAUGGUCGAAUACACAGCCAACAACAGUAGGCACCGUUAUUGAUGAUUAACGAAUAUGGUUUUUGGUUCCAUUCGAGUAGACGAGUGGCAGAACAGAACUGUAAACAAUUAAACAAAGCAAACCCAUAAGCUAAAGAACAUGCUCUGCCGGCCACGGUGGACUGGAAUGUAAUGGCAAUACUUUGUUGUGAAAGUAUAUAUAAAACAGAAGGAAUAAGAAACAAUUGGCGGCGAAAGGCAGCGAAUGCAGAUGGAAAUUGGGCAAACUAUGCCCCACAACUACGAUAAUUUACAAUGUUGAUUUUUAUACACAUCCUGUGUUUCAUCGCCCUACGUUUCCGAGCGCUUCAAUUCAAUCAAAACACAUAAAUUGUACUAAUAAUAAUCCCUAAGGUAACGCAUGUGUAUGUGAUGGAGUGGAGGUUGGAACUGAGAAGGAAAGGACGGCUGGGUUUUGUUAGCGGCACACGAUGUGACAAAACAAAGCUCUAGCUUGAAAACAUGCAAGGAGACCAAUCCAUCUAGUUGCGACCGUAGCGCUGAAAAUAUAUCCCCAACACGUAACAUAGGCUCCAUACUCGUACAUAAUUGCCAUAAGUAAGCAUAUACUGUUGAGGCUUUCGUUGAAGAGGACAAGAGGUCGUUGUCAAAAGAAACUGUACUUUUCGACAAUAUCUGGCAUUGGGUUUUUUGUUUUAGAUUUUCCAGAUUUUAAAGAAACUUGGCUUUAUUGGGAAAGGGCAAAAAACCUGUCCGCUGGAACCGUUUCAUACACGACAACAAAGCGUAUUGGCCCCGUGCAUUUUUGAAACUUGCAUUAAAUCAAGAGACCCAUUCAAGCCGGACGAUUUCUAACGCUUUACACGUUACUGUGUUUAUUGGAGGCGUUGUGUUUAACUUAACAUCCCGCUGUUGAACAAACCUCGUGCCGAAAAACGGUUUACAAAAGGCUACUGUAAUGGAUAUUGGCUAACCAUCAGUGAAAGGGGCAGGCAAAGUCGCAUGCGAAACUCGUCACCUGUCUCUGUACCGAAAUAUCAUCAUCUUGCGUGUAUCGAGAUCUCUGGACCACAUCAAUAGAUAUCCUUUGAAACAUAGGAUAGUUAAACGAAGAAAUGUGCGCGAUAUGCGUCUGUGGCAAAUGCAAAUGGCUUAUCAGACAGAUUCACCUGAUGCCCGACGGUUAUUAUAUCAAUUCGAUAAGCAAACUAACUGAAGCAGAUCAAUAAUAAUACAAAGCGAAUCUACACAGAGCUCUGUAAAUGAAUCAGUUAGUGGACGAUCUCUGGCAAAUACCUAGUGAGAAAUGGACAACAAGCUUCGGGGACAAAAAGGUCAAUAGGCAUAAAACACUUUGUUUGUGAAAAACAGAAACCACGAUUCGACGGAAAAGGGAGAAAAGGGAGUAAACGAUGUAAUGUCUCAUUGUAACAUUCUAAUAAUCAUACGAUACGACAUUUAUUUGGGAGGCUGAGGAUUGAGGAGCAUUACAACUGUAACUCAUAUAAAUCUUUCUGUUUGGUUUUUGAACCCCGUAUGAAAUCAUCCACCUCAUGCUUAAAACAAAUUCGACACAAAUUAAAGGGCGAUGGCAAUGGUUUUAUUUGGGAUUUGUUUCCGAUUCUGAGAUUACUUUUUUGAUAGUUGAUCUGCCCGGUCCUUCCUGUUCUGAGAGAUUUGCAAACGCUGAUCCUAUUCUAAAGGACAAUCCCAGUGUUGGCGCCAGCGUAUGGACUCGCGUUUAAAAUUGAUGAUACAUCGAAGAUAUGAUGUGAGAUUCAUAAUCUAUUCAGUACCAGUUUUCAAGUGCUUUAAGGCGAAUUGAAGUACGGAUCUAAGUUGCAUCGCAUGCAAGGCCUAAAUUUGGUUGGUUUUUAGAAGUUUGUGGGGUCAAUGCCGCGUAUAAUCGCAUCGCAUUGCUCUUCGACCGAUUUUUGACUGAAGAACGAUAUACGGCGUGGGAAUCUGAGAUAAAAUAGUAGACAAAUAGCAUGGGCAGUUAGAUACUGGGAUUUAUUUUAUGAAACGCUUAAGCUAGCCUACUCUUCCACUAUUUUAUGUAUCUUUAUUAUUUAAGAGCUUACUAAAAUCAAACAUAUUUAAUCAAUAGCGUUCAAAUUAUUUUACACUCUUUCUAACACUUUAAUUUUGUGCCAUUGGUGAUGGACACCGUGUUGCGCGUUUGCUCCGUUCCUUUAAAAUGUUUUUGCUUCCUGUUUUUUACUCUCUUCCUCGUGAACGUCCCAACACACGCAACGCUUUGAUAUGCGAUGAUCCCAGUCUGGCUUUCUUGAAAUCAUCGAACGAAAUCAUCUCAGCUUGAUACAAUCACUACCAACAUUUAUCGGAUGACUUGAAGCUGGACUCCCAAGUCCAGGCAACCACAAAAGCAUUUAUUAAUAGGAGAGCAACAGUUAGACAUUCCGACCCACAGUGAUCGAUUAAAAAUUCAUUCUUUUUCACACAAUCAUACUAAACAGACUUCAAUUGAUUGGUUGAUUGAUCGUGAAAAACAACAGUGUUUUGAUUUGAAACCAACAAAAUUGCAAAUACAAUGGGAAAUUAUUGCUGAAACGGAAUCAAAUAGAACAGAACUCUGCAUUUGGGUUUAACAGAAAGCUAAAACAAAUCCGAUUUCGCCAGACAUACGUAGCCAAACAUGCACAGUGAAAUCUAUAUUCAGCGAAGCAUAACCAAACUAAAAGCAAAACUCACUCACAUUUUGAAUACAGCUACGGCGGCAGCAUGGGCAAAAGAAGCGACGAUGGGGAAUCUUCGUCUCAUAUAGUAAAAGAAACAGACGAACGACAGACGGAUGGUGAAAAAUAAGAGAAAAUAAAUUUAAUAUACAAACACUACAAAAAGAGGAAUAAACACGCAUGGAGCGCAUACAAGAGAAAGCAUUGUAAAUAAAAGAAUCUUUACAGUGUAAUAAACAAUACAAGUGGUUUAUGCUCGAG